AUGAACAGUAAGGUAGACGGGAAGGCCACACAUGAAGAAAUGCUUCAUAAACAUCAGCAGCACCUCCAGAGGCAAAGAAAUGCCAUCGCGUACAGGAUGAAGAAGCUGGCGGCUAAGCAGGUGGAGAUAACAAAAAAGACCAAUGCAGUGAAAGAAAAAAUCAGGAAAAAAUAUGAAGACAUGAAGCGGGUCCUGGAUGAGGAUCUUCGGAUCACACUGACCCAGCUGGACAUCGAGUGUGAGGCCACAGAGAAGUUAGUGGAGGACAGGAUAGAGGACUGCUACCACCUCACUCAGGAACUGGACCAAGAACUGUCCAACAUUGCUAAGGUGAAAACACAGGAAAGUGACUUUCAGAGUGCUGAAACUGAAACAAGAAUAUUUGAGACUCUGAAGCUGACUGACCCUGACCUGAUUCAGAUGGAUGAGUUCAAGAAUGAUCAACUACUGAGUCUUACCAUCAACCUGCUGCUUUUCAUCAGAUCCCAGGUCCCUGUCAACAAGAAACUGUUUCAGAGCUAUGCUGCAGAUGUUGUCCUUGACGCCGACACUGCCCACCCCAAGCUGAUCAUCUCUCCCAAAGGCGACUCAGCCACCUACACAGACACCUGGCAGGAUGUCCCGGAGACUCCCUCCCGCUUUGACACCACCCUAAAUGUAAUCAGCCAGCAAGGAUUCAGCGAGGGCCGCCAGUACUGGGAGGUGGAUGUGAGUGGAAAGACCUACUGGGAGCUGGGGCUCACCUACCCGAGCAUCUCGCGCAAAGGCCGCGAGGAGGACUCGUGGCUGGGCCGAGGCACAGAGUCUUGGUGUGUGGAAUACUUCAAUGGAGACUACACAGCCUGGCAUGGUGGCGUCCAGCAUGAGCUGCCUCUGCUGGCAGGAAAACAGUUCACUCGUAUCGGGGUUUACUGCAGCAUCCCCGGGGGUUUGGUGUGCUUUUUAGGAGCUGAUACCAUGACUCCCCUCCACUGUUUCUGUGCUGGGAGCUUCAGUGACACCCUACAUCAAGCAUUAUGUCCUGGUGAUGACAACGAAGGCACAAACUGGAAGUCCCUUAAGAUCUGCGAUGCCUCCCGAUCAGCUCCUGUUCUCUGAGGUGCGGCAGGAAUACCUAAGGGGCAGGAAGGAUGGGGCAGAAAAGGAAUGUGCGCUGUGAGGCAUGCGCAUCAGCUGCAUAAUCUGACAUUCUUCACUCGACACUGCACCAGCUCUGGGUACAGUGUGUGUUAGGCUUGUCUAAAUUUGCCUCAAAGAAUUUUAAAAGUGUAUCUAUAUUUGUUUCCCUUAUCAUCACACUACUCACCAUAGCUUUUAUAUACAGGUGCAUCUCAAUAAAUUAGAAUAUCAUAGAAAAGUAGAAAAGUUAAUUUAUGUCAGUAUUUCAAUUCAAAAAGUGGAAUAACACAUUAUAUAGAUCCAUUACAUACUGAAUGACACAUUUCAUGUCUUAAUUUCUUCUAAUUAUAAUGAUUAUGGCUUACAUAUAAUGUAUAUCCCCCCCUGUAAUCUAUAUUCACACCUUUUGCUUCUCUUUUUGCUGCUGUAACAAUUUGAAUUUCCCCGUUGUGGGAUCAAUAAAGUAUAAUCUAAUCUAAUCUUAAAUUCACAGAUCAGCUAAUUUAUUUCCAGUUACUUUGUUUGUUGUUUGUUUUUGUUUUGUUUUUAUAAUGGGAUUAUCCAGUAUAAAUUACAGUUUUUGCUGAUAUUUACAUUUACAUACGCUCACUGUAAUUUUUACAGUGAAGUUCUGGCAACCACAGCUGCCGGAAUUUUACCGUAAAUUAAAUAGAUUUUUUUUUACAGUGUAGCGGACUUUGUGGUCUGUGUUUGUGGAUGUGCAAAAAAAAAAUAAAAUGACAACUCAUUACAGAAUAAAUUCUUCAUGUUUAAUACAAUAAAAUGUUUACAUAAGCAUUCAUCUGUUUUGAAGUUAUUUAAACAAGAAUUGCCCUAAAUUAAAAAGAAAAUUGGGCCAGAUUAUAUUAUGAAAUUCAUUCAUUUUUUCAAAUCUUUUAAAAUAUAUUCCUGAGGACAA